AUGUAUGAUGAAUCGAUUCCUGGAGUAGUUUACGUGAUGAGAAGCAAAACUGAAACGGCGCUAGUGACACCGAAUACGAUAAUUUCCGAUGCCUUUAAGCAUGUUCAAAAUGAAAAGUUCUUGAGUAAUACCAUCUACUCCACAUCCUUUCCAUAUGUUCUUUACAAUGAUUCCAAAGGAGCCUCAGUUUUAAGUGUCGAGAAUCCUAGUGAUGUAAAAAUAACCUUCGACAUUAAAUUCGAUACUAUUGGUAUCUACACCGGGAAAAUUCUAUAUCGAGAAGCCGAGGCAAAGCGUAUUUUGCAUGCGGAGGUAGAAGCAAUCGAGGAACGAAGUAAUCAUACGGUAGCUGCAACCAAAGCUGUGGUGAAACAAGAUUUUGAAAAAGCCGCAUUUGGAAUAGAAAGUGAAAUUAUGGGAAGACCAGAAUUCCACACCAGGAAGUGUAGACUUGUAAAUGCACCUUUUUUUAUGGCAUUUAUAUUGAAAGUUUCUGUGUUGGAUAUGCUUCUUUUAUUGAUUUUGAUCAUUCUUAUUAUUUAUCAUCGAGCGCAUAUUAUACCGGCACGACGUCGUUUCAAGAUUAAAAUGGGCAUUCUGAGGCACCGCAAGAAGCGCAAAUUACGUGAUCGCGCACGUCGUCGUCUCCGAAAACUCAAUCUGUUACGCCGUAGAAAAAGGAUGAAAGAGCAGGAGAUGGAAGCAAAGCGACAAGCACAGCUUAUUGCUGCCGCAGUUGGACAGUUGGGCGGGAUGCGACAGGCAAGUGCACCAGCUACAGGGAAAAAGAAAUCUUCAUCGACAUCCAGUAGCGAUCUGGUAACAGCUGGAGGUGAACGCAAUGUUCAAACCAAUUUACGCGCGAGUGCAGAUGCUACUAAUCAUUCACCAGGAGAGACUUAA